AUGAAGAAGCUUCCAAUGGAGAUAGUUGAGCACAUCUGCCUCCAUCUCCACCCGUUUUCUGACCCUGGGGUGGCAUGUACCUACGAAUUAUCGCCAAAUAUAUGGCGUGAUCUUCUAUUCCGUCAACAGCUUCUUCCAUGGCUCUGGGAUCUAGAUCCAGCCAUCCUCGAAAGUCAGCCAUUACAACAUAGCAACGGCCAACCUUCAUACUCUAAAGAUGACUUUUGGGACUGGGAGCAACUCGUCCGGAAGCUUGCUCAAGUGGAGGCCUUCGAGCCAGGAAAUUCGUUAGAAAAUGCUCCACUACGCUUAAGAAACCGAAAAAGGAUAUGGAGGCUGUUAGAUGAAGGCAGACGUUUUGAUAUAGAGGAUUGGAUAUGGGAUGGAAAGUACCAGAAAGAGCUUGAACUGUUUUACGAACGUUGCGAAGCAUCCGGUUUGAUAUUAGCAAGGGAUGAAGAUCUCAAUGUACUUAGUGGUCGUCCACGUAAAUAG